UCACUGUUUGACAGAAAACCAUGAUAGCCAACCUAUAAUAUGGAUACGUUUGUUAAUAUACCAGCUUACCUCUGACCACUUAUUUCAAAAUAUGGCCGAAAUCGAGCAUCCAGCGUCGCCAGAAGCGACCGAGGAAAGCGAAGAUUCUCUAUUGUCACUGAAAGGAAAAGUUGCUGAACUUCUAAAAGAAAAGCAAAAUAUUGAAGAAGAUUUUGGACAAAAACGAGCAAAAUUCAAGGAGAUCUAUUUGCAGAAGGAAGAGGAGUUGCGGAAAGAAAAAUUGGCCGUUAAAGAAUCUCAGGAUAUCGCUAAAAAGCUGCAGGAAGACUUAGAUAGGGUCAAAGGUGAACUGGAAGGUAUAAAGACAGCAGUAGCAUAUUCCGAGUCAAACAAACAGGAUGAGAUCGCUUCUAUACAUGAACAAUGUCAACAGGAAGUAGCAUCUCUCCAGCAUCUCAUGAAAGAGGUAGCCAAUGAGGCAUCUAGGAACACAGCUCUGAAGUAUGAGACGGAACGAGAGAAGCUUCAGGAAUUGAAUGAGAAUUAUGAAGAAGAGUUACUGGACCUGAGAAAUAAAUUGUAUGGCAGUGGUCAGGAUAGUGGUGGAGAAGGAUUCCUGAGCUCAGUGGCUAAACAAUUGAAGCUGGUUAGUGUCGGUCAACAUUCAACGUCCAAUUCUCAAUCCGAGUUCGAAAGUCUUGAGGAGAGCAUGAAGAAGGCACAAGCUGAUGCAGAAAUACUCAAGUCUGUUGUGAUGCCCCUCGAAGAUGAAGUAAAGAUGUUGAAGGAAAAACUGAAGGAGGCAGUUGAUAAAAUCCACCAACUUCAGUCUCAGCAUUCACCAGUUGGAGGAAUGAGUCCUAGUCACCGACAAAUGACACCAGACACACAAUCUCUCCCUGACAUGGACCAAGUCCGUGAUCCUGAGGAGAGGAUCAAGGAGCUUUUACAUUAUUUGAGGACGGAGAAAUCUUCACGUAAAGAUCUGGAGAUGUUUGUGGCUGUACUGACAACACAGAAAAAUGUGUUUGCAGAGGAUGCAGACAAACUUCGUCUUGAGCUUGAAGAUGUAUGUACCAUUCUGGACGAGGAGAAGAAAGCUCAUGAGGAACUAAAACAGACAUGGCAGAUGGCUAACGACCAGUUCCUGGAGUCUCAGCGCCUUAUGAUGAUGGAUUUACGACGAAUGGAGAGUGUUCUGUCCACAGAACAACAGCGACAGAUUGCAGAACUACAACAAAAGGACCUUGAACGUGAAGCCCAAGAAAAGAAAGUGAAAGGUCUGGAAGAACUCCGAUUAAAACAGCAACGUGAGCAGGAGGAGCGACGUCGAACAGGGGCAAUGAAAAAAGCUGAAGAGGCAAAUGAGAAGCUCAAAGCAAAGGAAGCUGAGGCAAGUACAAGGCUUCUGACAUCUAACAGCAGUACAACUCAUUCUCGGACAAGAUCAAGUGACAGUGACCUAAAUUUCACAGGCGAUUCCACAAAGUCCCUCUCAGACCCUGAUCUUGCAAAUGUCAGCCAAGAAGGCGACAGUUUUCUUGAAGCCAAAGUUGUUGAAGCUGACCGAUCAGAGCUAGACGGGAUACGAGUCCAGAUCAGUCCAGAAAAGACUCUUAAUCUCCCUUCGCUAUCUGAAGCUCAAAAACGUGCUAUUACAGAUCCCACACCAGACUUUGAAGCUAGACAAACACUUCUAGCCAGUGCCAAACAUAAAAACGAGCGAACAGCAUUGACUGAUGGCCGGAGACUAGUCAGUCAGAAAGAAUGGGACCUACUACAGCAACAGUUACGAGAAGCUCGGGAAAAACUUGGGCGACCAUGUGAUAUGUGCAAUAAUUAUGAAGCCCAGCUGCAGGGCGUUCAAGAGGCAUCAAAAGAGGAGCAGGUGAAGGCGAACUCUCUGGACCGACAGCUCAAAGUAGAGAAACAGGUCAAUGAGAAUCAAAAGAAAUAUAUUGCAGAACUUGAAGAAAGUUUGAAGUCUUCAGCUGAGGAGGCAGAAAAACAGGUAUCUAGUCUUGUAAACCAGGUGCAGCAGUGUGAGAAAUUCAUCACUGAGAGCCGACAACAAUAUACCCAAUCACAGCUCGAGUUACAAGAUCAGCUGAAAACAUUAACUGAAUCAAGGGAACAGGUUCACAAAGAGUUGACCAGACUUCAAACAGAGAACGAUUCGUUGAUCGGCAAACAUUCCAAAACAGCUCUACAGCUACAGAAUGAGGAUAUCAAUCUUCCUUCUAGUCUAGAGGAGAUGCAGUUGUUGCUGCUUAAGUAUCGAGAAGAGAUCAUUAAAGCAAAGGUAGCCAAGGAGCACACUGAAGACACGUUAAAGGGGGAGAUCAUGUUUCUCAAGGAUCAGGUGCUGGCCGAACAGCAGGAGAAAACAACAAUAGAGGAGACGCUAACCCAGGAUAUCCAGGGCUUACAGGAGAAACUGGUUGUGCAGGAUAGUCUGAAGUCAGAGCUGGAGCGAGAGUCAGCUGUUCGAGCAGAGGUAGAGACCAAAUUGAGGGAGACAGAACAAAGUCUGAAAAGUAUACAGGCGAAAUCUAAACAGUUAAUUAACGCCUUACAACAACAGGUGGAGCAACAGUCUGAGGCACGAGCAAAGUUGGAGACAGACGUCAAUGUAUAUAGAAACAAGGUGGCAUCACUACAAGUAGAUCUGGAUAACAGUGAAACAGUCCAGCGAGACUUUGUCAAGCUGUCCCAAUCUCUACAGAUUCAAUUAGAGAAAAUCCGUCAAGCUGAGACCGAAGUUCGUUGGCAACAUGAAGAUGAUGUCGAUGAAUGUACAAAUUGUAAACAGGCUUUUAGUGUCACAAAGCGAAAGCAUCACUGUCGACACUGUGGUCGUAUAUUCUGUGCAGAUUGUACGAUGAAGACAGUAACGAACGCCAACAAUCGGGUGUCCAAAGUUUGCGAUAUCUGCCACACGAUCCUUGUGAAGGAUGCCAUGCCGUAUUUUAGUACAGAACCACCCAAUGUCAACGGAUAAGUGUUCAAAAACAUUUUUUCAUGUGAUCACUUAAAUUCAUGUUUUCGGUUUUUUUUGUCAACACUAUUCACUGUUAAAUUUUCGUAUUAUUUCAUGAAGACUGUACUCAUAAUUAGUUGUUGCAUUGACUUACAGAGUUCUAUCUUUCUCUGUACUUCGGACUAUAAUUUCCCGUUAAGAUUUCGACAUUUGUUAUUUUCCAGUUUGUCAGGAAAAAAAAAUCCCCAAUACACUCAAUGAGGUAUUAAUAUAUCAAGGAAAAGAAUUGUUGCAUUUUAAAGGAAUAUAUGUUUUGAAAUACUCUGGUUGUUUACAGCAAAAAAUAUAUUUCUCUAGAUAUCUGUAAUAAAAGAAGAUCAGUGGGAGAAAUGAAUUUGAUCUAAAUAUGUAAAUAGGUGAUGCAUAAUACAGUUCAUGUAUUUACAAACUCAGAUUUCCUAUCUAGCUGCAAAAAACAAAUGCGAUUUCAAAAAUGCACUUUGAAGUCCUUAUUGUGAUAAAGGACUUCCAUAUCCAUUUGAGGCUUUGAUUAAAGCUUUGGUUGUGCUAUGAAGCACUCGCUGAAGAAAUGAUUUUCUGUGUUGAAUUUUUUAGGUAAACUGGGCUGUGACAUCCUUAACUUCCAAGUGACAUUUAUAAUUCCAGGAUCUAUGUUUAUACACGGCUCUUGAUCUGCCAGAUUUGGGGCCGAAUAUUCCAAUGCAAAAUAGUAUCUUUUUUUCCCAAUUUAGACCCCAGGUUUUCCCAAUUCUAAGAAAAAGGUCACUAUUUUUCCCAAUUCUAAGGGCCCCAGGCCCCAGUCCCAAAAUGGGGUCUGAGAGCCCUGUUAUAGAUUUAUAUUUAUGAUAUAUGAUACAGCAUCAAUUGCUGACAGAAUGUACCAAAUGCUUGUUUUUCUUCUUCUUCUUUUUUAGUUUUUCCGAUGUUGUAAUGAUGAUAAAUAGUUUCACACAUAUUUCAAGUUUACUGAGUUUUCCCUCACCAAUGAAAGGAUGGUACAGAGGCAGCUGAGAACCAUACAGUUACAGAAGGAAAAAAUCUUUUCAAGAAAAAGGGAGAAUGAAAAAAUUUCAGGGCCUGUAAAACACCCCAACAAGGAACAUUCUUAGGGCAACACUUUUGAGAUUCACAGCAGUAUAUGUAUAUAACAUACCACAAGGUGGAGAUUCACAGCAGUAUAUGUAUAUAACAUACCACAAGGUGAAAAGUGCAAGAAAUGCAAUCUGAUUUUUUUUUAACUCAUCAAAGAAAAUCAUGAAAUGAAUUCAAAAACAAAUGAAAUUAUUUAAUAUUUUAUUUAAGUUGUUUUGUCUAUAUUGAGAGUUUAGUUCCAUGAAUUUAGAGGGUGAAAACAUGUUUAGAGUAUUGUUUACUGUUUAGGAACUCCCCGCCCCCCUGCCCAGUCACUUUAGUGAGUGAACAAUGUUACAACACUAACAACAUGAAGAUUUUUUUUUCAAGUCUGUCGAGCAUUAGCUACAAUUUUGUCACAAAUGCCACACUAGCAUAUGAAUCUCGAAAAUUCUUACAAAAUUGUUUUAAUACAAGUCAUGUAAAGAAAAUGUCUUCAUGGUGCUUUGUACUUUCUGCAUGUAUCUGAUGUUUUGAUAAGCGCACAGUGUGGAAAUGGCAUGAUUGUAGCUAGUAUUGAUGAAAUUAGUGUUUAAGAUGAGGAAAAUCCUGUACAUCCAUUUUAUUGUAUAAUCUGUAAAGAACUUUUGAAGAUCCUUUUCGGUUAAAAUAUUUUGAAUUGGUGCCGAUUUUGGGAGCUUGAACUAUUUUAACAAACAACUACCUGACACUGUAGAUGUCCAGUGAGGUUCACUUUCUAGGUAAAGAAAGAGUUUCUACAAAUCUUUCUUCAACAGAAUAUUUUAUCAUAGAAAACUGGAAACCCAUUUUAACUCAAUAUUGGCUUCAAAGAUUUUUUUUUUUUUUUUUAAAGCAAAUCAUUGUAAUGCCAACAUUCAAGGCAGACCAAUCCAUUUAUGGUAAAAUCAGAUUAUUCAUAUUAAUUGUUUCAAUUUUUCAUCUUUUUCUUAUUUUAGCUCACAAGUUGAUCCAUCUAGUAAAUUUUAAUUUAAUAUCAAAAAUCUAUGUUUUAAGCUGAUAAACAGCUAGCUUUAGUGCUUGAUGCGUUUGGAUUUUAGAGUUUUUUAGAGGUCAAAAAUGAAUUAUUUCAGGUUUUGCAGUAUUUUGUGGUUAAAUCUGGACUGGGGCCACAGUUGUGUGGACACGGCUUAAUUCUUGUGUACAUACAGUGGGAUAUUUUUUAGAUAUAUGUCUAAGAUUGUUAUUCAAUUGCUUGAAUCAAUGGAUGCAUAUUUUGCCUUUCACUUACAGUGUAUUUAACCUGAAGUGGCUAUGAAUCAAGCCACAGCGAUAUGACAGUAGAAAUGUACAAAGUUCUUGAAUAUUUAUUUAUUAAUUAUCAAUGGUAGUUUUUGGUAGGAUCCUGACACCCCCUGUAAAUAAAAUGUGUUGGAAUGUCCUAACAACCAUCAGGUACACAUUUGUAAUAUAUUUGUUGGUGUAAAUGAGCUGUAAAUUUUGCAAAAAACACAGCUGUAUGUUCUGUAUAGAUCUAGUGAAUUUAUGGUUCACAGUCAUGUUGUGUAUUCAUUAGCAGAAUAACUUAACCAUUUUAUUUUCAUUCAUACUCAAAAUUUUGAAAAAUAUUAGAUGAUAUUUGAAAAUAGAAAUGUGUUCAAAAUCUAAGGAUAAUCAUGAAAAAAUGCUCCUAAAAAAACCGAGAUAUCGAACAUCCAGAUUUUUUUAGGCUAAACACAAAGCAGUUACAGAUUCAGUGUAAUAUCAGACUUUAGAACUAUAUUCCAUUGGAUUAUCAGUGACCUCUGGUGGCAAUCACACACUACAAACAGUGCUGCUAUCUUUCAAAACAGAGUCAUGCCUGCAUACUCUCACAAUCAGACAAUCAAGUAUUAUAUUAAAAUCUUUCCAAAAUUGACACACUUGGUGAAAAUAUUCAGAUUGACAUUUGCAAUGAUCACUAACUAGCAUUUCUCUGGUUAUGCUUGAUAGCAGAAUGUGAUUGAAAUCAGUGAUGAACCAGAUGUUCUCGGUCCUCACUAGAUGAAAUAAUUAGUGGUAAGUUGUUUUGCUAAUGAAGAUUUUUAUAACCAGAGUCCUUUAUGUUAUGGUAUGUAAAGGUGGCUUCAUAUUUGAUCAAAUUCCCUCUAAGUUAUCCUUACAUGUGGGCCUAUCAGUCAGAAGUUGCAAAAAUCUUAAAUUUUAGGUCUGAAGGACUUUGAUAUUUCAUUUCUCGAGAUCUUGUUCAAGAGAAAAAAAUAGAGAUAAUUUUUCGUAUUUACUUUUAUAAAUCAUAAUCAUAAGUUCAUAAAAACUACUAUAAAAAGAUCCUGAUUUUGCCCGAUAUUUUACACUUUUGAAUGUCAGAAGUUGGUUUCAAGAUCUGUGAAUUGCAUUGUGUUUCAUAACUGUAUCACCACCUGAUCAAUUAUAACUUGGUGACUGAAAUUGUGUUGAAUUCUCUAAGUUUAGACUCUUUUUCAAUACAACAAGAAAUUAUUUUGAGCACAGCGAGAAAAAUGAUAAGUGAUUAUAUUUUGUUUCAAGAAGGCAAUUGUAAUAUCAGAAGUGUCUCCCUAUUUUUUUGGUAAUACAUUUUUGUUUCCCCCUGUAAUUUACAGGCAACAAUUAUUGGGUAAAUUUCCAGCAUGUGUAAGCAGAUGACCUUUUAAGAGGUCAAAGAUCCCUUAUUACAAUGGACUUUUUUCCUUUUAGAAAGGUUUCUGUUAUAGAAAGGUUUUCACUAUAGACACAUAUAUUGAUGUCUGUAAGCUUGCUUUAUAGACAGGUUUCCAUAAUGGACAAGUUCCUGGUAUAAAAAGAUUUAUUCUGAAGGCCCAUAAAUUGAUUUUUGUAUCUUAUAUAGGCUUCCUUUAUAAACAGGUUUCCAUAAUAGACAGGUUUCUGUAAUAGACAGGUUUCUGUAAUAGACAGGUUUCCAUGAGAGACAGGUUUUCUGUAAUAGACAGGUUUUUGUAAUAGACAGGUUAUUUGGUAUAUAUAUAAGAUAUAUAUAUAAAUAUAUUGAUAUCUUUAUAUUAUACAGGUUUCCUGAUAGAGAAGUUUCUUUAACAGGUUUUUAUGUAAAGAAUUCUUUAUAGACAAGUUUUAUCCAUUGACUUGUUUUUAUAUAAUCACAUUUUCUUUCUAGUCAGGGUUCUUUGCAGAUUUGUCACUAGAUAAAUCUCCAUUUUACCUUGUAAACGAACUCCCAAGUAGAUAAAUUUACGUGGCAAUACAUAUGAGGGUUAUUACAGUAAUUUUUAUCUGUAUAUAAAAACAUCAUAUUUGAAAGACCAUAUGUGGACUUUUUUUUUUAAAUUUCAACAACUCUUUAAGAAUUUGUAGUUUUAUUUGUAAUUAUUGCAAAACAAUAAUGGGCUCACUGAAAGGAGGGGAAAAGAGAGAUUAAAUUUGGAGGAUUUGUAGUCAGCAAAUCUGCAUGACAUAUAAAUGAAUCAAGUGUUUUUUUUCAUAUUGCACGAUCUACAUACUAGUACACCUAUACAAUGGUACGUGCUAAUAAACAAUAAAUAUAUA